AACCCUAAAACCCUGUGCCCAGGAGGAGGAUCAGCACAGAGGAGAAAGCACCUCCACCGCCUAGGCCACCCAGGAGGAGCUGUGCCCGUGUGCAUUUCUGCAGAAGGAACUCUUUUCUCAGGGAGCAGGAAGCACUCUCCAUGGAGGCCCAUUCAGACCAGAAAUACAGAGGGCGUGUGCCCUGGCAGGGCCUCCUGCUGGCAGUCUCACUCUACAUCUUCUGGGUCCCUUCCACCGAUGGCAGAUUCAUUUUUGAAUCCAAGCAAAUCCAUGGUACCAAAAAUACUCAUGUGAUAAUCAGGAUUCAAAAUCAACAAAGGAAUGUUACACGCUACAACUGGUUUAAAGGUGACAGUAGAAAUGUGAAUAAUCAAAUUGCAUCAUACAUAGUAAAGUGGAGAAAAAUGAUCCCAGGGCAAGCCUACAACCCUCGACAGACAAUAUCCCCGGAUGGUGCACUGAAGAUCAAGAACGUCACCAAGGAGGACUCAGGAUAUUACACCAUACAGACCAUACUCACUAAAUAUAAAAAGGGCAAAGCAUCUACCCAUCUCUUCUUCUUAGACCCACUGACAUCCAUCGCUGUCCAAGAACGCCAAACAAAAGUCCGUGCAUAUGACACUGUGGCCAUAAUAUGUCUGAGAAGUCAACAGGGUGACACUAUGCACUGGCUUAUCAAUGACCAGAAACUGAGACUCAAAGACAACAUGGUGCUAUCCCAGGAUCAGACUUUACUCACCAUAAAGUCCAUCAAGAGGGAGAAUGCUGGGCAGUAUCACUGCAUGUACUUGAACACAUCAAGGAGCAGAACAAGCGAACGCCUCAUACUUGAAGUGGUCUAGUAUGACCAUUUUCCCCCCAUAGGAGUCAUUAAAUCCUAAAUCAAAAUUUUCUGAUCUGAAAAGCAGUUUCUUGAGCUCUUAUGAAAACUCAGUGAAGAUAUGGAAAGUCCUAGAAGAUUUGUAUUGAAUAAUAAAGCACAAACAU